CCGGGUCACCAUGACGACCGUCACCGAGGCCCAGAAAGUGGGCGUCGGCCUGGUGGGCUUCGGCUUGUUCUUCCUGCUCUUCGGCGUGUUGCUGUAUUUCGACUCCGUGCUGCUGGCCUUCGGGAACGUCCUGUUCCUGGCCGGUCUGACCUUCAUCAUCGGGCCCUGGAGGACCGCCUCCUUCUUCUUCCAGAGGCAGAAGUUCCGUGGCUCCUUGUUCUUCCUGGGGGGCGUGGCCUUGGUGCUGAGCCGCUGGCCCGUCACCGGCAUGCUGGCGGAGGCGUACGGCUUCGUGCUCCUCUUCAGGUCCUUCCUCCCGAUGGCCGUGACCUUCGUGCUGACCUCUCUGAACCUCCCUCUGCUCAGUGCGGUACGUCCUCCGGACUUUGUUCACUCUUUGUUUGACCUCCAUGACCUCUCCAGGGUUCUGACCGCAUGUCGCUUUGAAUUCCUUCUGAUAGUUUUUCUCCACCGCCUCCUCCAUCGUCUGAGCGGGGGGAUCAAGCUGGACCCUCUGACUGCUGGUCUGGUCCUGGGGGGACAAGCUGGAUCCUCUGACUGCUGGUCUGGUUCUGGGGGGUCAAGCUGGAUCCUCUGACUGCUGGUUCUGGGGGGUCAAGCUGGAUCCUCUGACUGCUGGUCUGGUUCUGGGGGGUCAAGCUGGAUCCUCUGACUGCUGGUUCUGGGGGGUCAAGCUGGAUCCUCUGACUGCUGGUCUGGUUCUGGGGGGUCAAGCUGGAUCCUCUGACUGCUGGUCUGGUUCUGGGGGGUCA